AUGACGAGAUAUGCCAACCUUCUCAAGCCCUUGGACCUAGGGCACACGCAGCUCAAGAACCGUGUGCUCAUGGGAUCCAUGCACACUGGCUUAGAGGAGCGGGGAGUCUUGGGCGGUGGGCUUUCCAAGCUUGCGGCGUUUUUCGCCGAGCGAGCCAGGGGCGGAGCUGGCUUGAUGGUCACCGGAGGCAUCGCUCCUAACAGGGCGGGGACAGUCUACCCCAUGGCCGCCAAGCUGACCAACAGUCGUGGAGUCAGGGCGCACGCGGAGGUGACGGAGGCCGUGCACCAGAAUGACGGCAAGAUCUGCAUGCAGAUUUUGCACGCCGGGCGCUACGCCUACCACCCGUGGGCCGUGGCCCCCUCCGCUGAAAAGGCCCCCAUAAACCAGCACACCCCCGAGGCCUUGAGCAACAUCGAUGUCUACCACACCGUGCGAGAUUUCAUGAGGUGUGCGAUGCUGGCGAGGGAGGCUGGGUACGACGGCGUGGAAGUGAUGGGGUCGGAGGGAUACCUGAUCAACCAGUUCCUCGUGGAGCACACAAACAAGAGGGAGGACGAGUGGGGCGGGAGCUACGAGAACCGAAUGCGCUUUCCGGUGUCGGUGGUGGAGGGGAUCAGGGAGGCUUGCGGGGACGACUUCAUCAUCAUCUACCGGCUGUCCAUGCUCGACCUCAUCGAGAAGGGGUCUAGCUGGGAAGAGAUAGUUGAGCUGGCGAAGAACAUCGAGAAGGCCGGAGCGAGCAUCAUCAACACCGGCAUCGGGUGGCAUGAGGCAAGGGUACCUACCAUCGCCACGAGCGUGCCCAGAGCGGGUUUCUCGUGGGUAACCAAGAAACUCAAGGGGCAGGUGUCGGUGCCACUGAUCACUACGAACAGGAUCAACAUGCCGGACACGGCGGAGAAGGUGCUGGCUGAGGGUCACGCAGACAUGAUUUCAAUGGCCAGACCUUUCUUGGCGGACCCGUUCUGGGUGAGGAAGGCGGCCGAGGGUCGUGUGGACGAGAUCAACACCUGCAUCGGCUGCAACCAAGCGUGCUUGGAUCACACCUUCAAGGGGAAGCAAGCGUCCUGCCUGGUCAACCCUCGUGCGGGGUACGAGACGACUCUGAACCUGCUUCCCGUGAAUCGAGAGAAAGUAAAGAGGGUUGCCGUGGUGGGGUCGGGGCCGGCGGGGCUUGCGGCGGCAACAGGCUGCGCCGAGCGAGGGCAUAACGUCACUCUUUUCGAAGGCGCGAGCCAACUGGGAGGCCAGUUCAACAUGGCGAAGCUAGUCCCCGGGAAGGAAGAGUUCUACGAGACUCUCAGGUACUUCAAGCGAAAGAUCGAUCUGACCGGCGUCGAUAUCAGACUCAACAGCAAGGUCGACGCCCCCUCCUUGCUGGCCUCCGAUCCGGGCUUCGAUGCUGUCAUCCUGGCGACUGGAGUGCUGCCGAGGACGCUCAACUUUGAGGGAUCCGACCACCCGAAGGUGCUGAGCUACGUGGAUGUGUUGAGGCACAAGGCGGAGGUGGGUCGAAGGGUGGCGGUGAUCGGAGCCGGUGGGAUCGGGUUCGACGUCUCGGAGUACCUGCUAGGGGAGAAAGCGCUACAGACCCCUGCCGAAGAACGCCUCCAAGACGUACCAUCAUUCCUCAAGGAGUGGAAGAUCGACCGGAAUUUGUCCAACCGAGGGGGGCUCGCUGAUGGGACAAGCGGUGACAACUCUGGCCACAACGGCAGGGAGAUCUGGCUGUGUCAGAGGAAGAAGGCCCCUCUGGGGAAGGGUCUCGGGAAGACUACCGGGUGGAUACACCGCACGUCUCUAAAGAAGCACGGAGUUCAUAUGCUGGGAAGCGUGUCUUACGACAAGGUGGAUGACGAGGGCCUCCACAUCAAGGUGGAUGGAGAGCCGAUGGUGCUGCCGGUGGACAACGUCAUUGUCUGCGCGGGCCAGGAGCCACUCAAAGAUCUCGAGGAUCCCCUCAAGGAAGCCGGCAUGCCGGUGUUCUUGAUAGGCGGGGCCGAAAAGGCGGCCGAGCUCGACGCCAAGCGAGCCAUCGACCAGGGCACGCGGCUGGCGGCUGUGGUGGAAGACGCCCACUCGGGAGACGUGUACAACGCACCGGAAUCCCUCAAAGCCAAGGGAAUGAAUUGAUGAAGGUUCGGCAAUCAUCGGUUGUACCUGGACCCCUCUCCGACAUCUCGACCCCCACGUUCCCGACUCACCGCGCUGGUGCCUGCUGCCCAUGUAUCGGUUUCUUGGUAUCGCAAGGUUUUGCAGGCAAUGACCCAGGGCUGAGUGAGCAAUAUGUAUUCCAUCUUUUCAAGCGAGUUCAAGGCAGGCGUAUGCUGACAAUGCCGGCACCGUUGCACUUCGCGAAAAGAAAAGCACUGCCAAUGCGGUGAUAUCUGCGGUCUUGAGCUCAAAGGCGCGUUGUGAUGAAGGUCUCCCGACUACGAUUCCCAUGCACCACCGACGUUUCCUGCUUACAUAGAGGCCCUCUCGGGGGGAGGGACGGUUCAGUCAAAAUCAUGUGGGGUGUAUCGCUGGUGGAUCUCCUGAGCAAAGGUCGAGGGAUUUCCCGAACAUGCGCCAUAGGGCUCUCAGUUGGAGCAACUCGACCAGAAUGGGUAAACUCUCGGCAGUUUGGCAGAGACAAGUAUUUACAGUCAGCAGUGCUGUUUCGAGCGGUCGAUUUGGUUGUUGAAUGGCGCAAGCGGGGCUGGCUGCUGUAGGCGUAUAGCGAAGAGGCAUUCUUGUUGCCGCGCAGCAAGGACUGCGGGCAUGUUGUCUCGACGUGGUUUUCAGAACCAGGUAUGUGUUGGUUCGUUGUGACGCAAAUUUUGUUGGGUGGGUGGA